GUGAGAGAAAGCCAGACCGGGGAUACGCUACUUUGUGUUGCUUAUCAGUUCAGUGUAACUUUGUAUUUGAAUUUAUUGAGCGUGCAAAGAUGUACAGCUACAGCAAGCCGGGUCACUUCACCUGGACGGCAACAUUAAAGGAAUUUGGAAGCCACACUAAUGGGGCACGAUCGCGGCCCACCAUGGCAGCUUCGAGCUCCAGCGGACUCGAGGUGCUACUAAACACGCUGCAGAAUGGCGGAGAUGUUGAAAGCACGCUUAAUGUCCUCAACGUCCUGGAUGAACUUUUGUCAGCAGGCACAGACAGACGGAUUCAGUUUAUGAUAUCGAAAGGGGGCAGCGAGGCUCUUUUGACGGCUCUGGAGAACACCGCCCGGUGCCACACCCCCAACUACACCAUCCUGCUGCCGCUGCUGCACUUGCUGGCCAAGGUGGGCCACCGAGAUCGUCAGAUUGGUGUGAAGGCAGAGAAGACCGAUGCGGUUCUCCUGGUUCUGGAUUUGCUACGGCAGAAUGUAAAGAACUCCAGAAGAGCUGCGGCCUGCCUGUGGGUCAUCCAAGUCUUCUGUUCUUCUGUGAGCACUGCGGUCGUGCUGGGAAGGAACCGAGGCCUGGAUGUGGUCUUCAAGCUCAUAUCUCCACACACAACCAAGCACUUGCGCACUGUCAAGGCAGCCAUUGACGCUUUUGCCGCAAUGUUGUGCUCAAAGGUCAACUGUCAGACUGCUGUUGCCAAAGGCUACAUAUCUGAUCUUCUGAAGCUGUAUGAAGACUGGCACAACAACGAUGCCAACCAUGAGAACAUUCCUAUACGCAAAGCCUUACUGCAUUGUAUGCACCGUGCCGCCAACUCUAGUGUGGGCAGAGACGCUCUUGUCACUGAGGGUGGCAUGCUACUUCUCCUCCAAACCACUCAGACCUUCUUGACCUUAAAAAGCCUCGAGUCGUUGGUGGAGCCAGCAGUCCAGCUUAUGAGGAAGUGCUAUCCUAAAGUCCCCAUUCCACUGAGCUCAGAUAAGAGCACCUACAGCUUUCCUCUUCCUGGGAGACCUGUCGAUGACUGGGGCGCUGAUUUAGGACCUUACGAUGGCAGUUUAGAAGAUGACAGUGACGAGGACAUGGAGAACGAAGAUCUAGACAAGGACUAUGAGGAUGACCUAGAAACAGAUGUCAACAAGCUCCAACCCCGACCCGAGCCUGACAGACCCCUGGAGCAGCUGGGCCAGUACAUGCGCUUCUGCCCAGAACUGCACCAUGACUUCCAGGACUUGGAAUCCAGCUCUGAGGUUGAUGAAAGCUCCAGUGAAGACAGUCCUCUGGAGGGGGACUUUAACAAGAAGAAGGCACAUGGCAGAAAAUCUAAAGCAGGCCAGAGGAACCCCUUGUCACCCUCCGGUUCGGAAUCAUCCAACUCCACUGGGAUAGACAAAAAGCACAACCCUGGAUCUGAGGAAGAGAGCCAUCUCCAAACUAGGGAUUUGCACACACAUUACCUCAACUGCUCUAGGAACAUCCAAGAGGGCCACUGCACCAUGGUGGACAGGCUUUUGGAGAAGUAUGGGACCUGGAUUCCUAACCACGAUCCACGUCUGUAUGCUUCCACUGCAUCUGAUACCAAGUCUAUUGGUGGAUACUCUAUUCUAGCUUUUCCUGACUUUUGGGGAAACUUGCCUCCAAAAAACCAAGAACCAAUGGCUAAAAGACAACCACAUGUACAGAGAAAGAAAGUUUUCGAGGACAUCCAGCGUCUUCUCUGCACAGAGGAAAUGAUCAACAAGGUUGCUUUCGACCUGGAAGAUCCGAGGUAACACGCGGGCAUUAUUUCUGGAUUAUUAUUUAUUUUUUAUAAAAGC